GCGCCUUGCCCGUUAGAGGAGCCGGUCCUGCCCGUCGUCGCCACCACCAUGUCCCGCUACCUGCGUCCCCCCAACACGUCCCUGUUCGUGAGGAAUGUGGCCGACGACACCAGGUGUGUGUCUGAAGACCUGCGUCGUGAAUUUGGUCGUUACGGCCCCAUAGUCGACGUGUACGUUCCGCUCGAUUUCUACACACGUCGCCCAAGAGGAUUUGCUUACGUUCAGUUUGAAGAUGUUCGGGAUGCCGAGGAUGCCCUCCACAAUUUGGACCGGAAGUGGAUCUGUGGUCGCCAAAUUGAAAUCCAGUUUGCCCAAGGGGAUCGAAAAACCCCAAAUCAGAUGAAAGCGAAGGAGGGCAGGAACGUGUACAGCUCUUCCCGCUACGAUGACUAUGAUCGAUACAGGCGCUCCAGAAGCCGCAGUUACGAAAGGAGGCGAUCUCGGAGUCGUUCUUUCGAUUACAACUACAGAAGGUCUUACAGCCCUAGAAACAGUAGACCUACCGGAAGACCCCGCCGGAGCCGAAGCCAUUCAGACAACGAUAGGUUCAAACACCGCAAUCGGUCUUUUUCGAGGUCAAAGUCCAAUUCAAGAUCACGGUCCAAGUCCCAACCCAAGAAAGAAAUGAAGGCUAAAUCGCGUUCUAGGUCCGCGUCGCACACCAAAACUAGAGGCGCCGCUAAACCCGAUUCUAAACCACACUAUAAGUCCGGCUCAAGAUACGAAAAGGAUGCGAGGAAAAAAGACCCGGCUAGGUCCAAAUCCCAGUCGAGGUCACAGUCUAGGUCGAGGUCAAAAUCCAGGUCACGGUCUUGGACGAGUCCCAAGUCCAGUGGCCACUAACGCUGUAACCAUGAUGUUUGGGGGCAUGUAUCAUUCAUUUACACACAGUUCGGUUUACUUAAAUUAUCAGGAAUAUGAUGUUGCCACAGUGCUAAAAGAGAACUUUUUUUCUUUUUGUCAGUUUUCCCUGUAGCAGGCGAUGGUGACGAUUAAAAAUCAUGUGCUGUUGAGAA